GCCGUCCGUUCAACACGCAUUUACCUUCGGUUUCUGCUAGACCGGCGUCUGCUGCAUUAUUGCCGUGAACCUGCUGCAGAAAGUUCGGUAGUGCUCGUGCCUGUGUAUGUAUGUGCUGAAUAAAGAGCUCGUCCUCGGUUUUCAUCGUGCAGCACCAACAUCUGAAAGGUCAUGUCUUAGUCACUAUCGUGCAACUGCUGUAAAUACUUCCGCGAAUUCGUUUUUCGUUCAUGUCGUUUGCGUCCCGUCCCCUAGUCCACUAGUGGUGGUACGUCGUCUCAAGUCUUCAAACACUUCUAACACCCGCUAUUCAUAAAUUUAACAGGACAUUUGUAGGCUCCUAUCUUCAAAUCAAAUACCACUACACAUUAGCUAUUUCCCCUUCCUCCAACAUUGUCACCAGCCCGAAGUCGAACCCGGCACGAUUUUUUCUCUUCUUCAGUAAAACGUCUAUGACUAUCUGUAAACCAGCACCAUGAAUAAAUCCAGCCGGGACAUAAACGUCGAUGACCUGAUCACGCAAGUAAACGACAUGGUCUUGUCCCGCAACCUCGACCUCACCGCUAACAGAAAUAUCAUCUCCCCGUCCCGCCAAAGUAUCCGUGUGUUUCCGCCCGCGGCACGUGAGCCAUCUUCCGCAGUAGAACAAGCAGCUUCUAGCGUCUUUCUCUUCGCGACAGAGGCGGCCGUGCGCGGAUCGAAAAACAUGCUGACGAAGGCCGCUGCGACUGCGAAGGGCAGUGCUUCAGGAUCCGCGUCUGCCGUGGCCAAAAUGAAGGCGGCGGCGGCCAAAGCGACGGAGGGAAAAGCGAGAUCUUCUGCGUCGACCGGAAACGCAUUGACAAAAGCGGCCUCAGCCUUGGCGUCAACUGCGAAGCGGGGACCGCCAGGAGGGGGCGGGAAAAGCAACUCUGGGGCGCCCCCACCAUCCACGAGUUUGAAUUUGAAGAGCUUGACAGGUAGUGCUGGAAAAGUAUCCUCCCCGCCGGCGGGCUCGAGAGGUACUACUACAUCAGGGGAAAAUAAAGACGCCAAAGCUCCUGCUGCAGCUCCGCCUACCAGUUCUUCUAAAGCCGCGCCGGCAACUGCAACGAGCACGCUUUUCCUCGCUCCAGCAGCCCCAGUAGCAAAGGCAAAGUCCUCUCCUCCGGCGGCCAGUACCAGUGGUACAACAACCUCUACUAGCGCCAAUAAACCCGCUCAACAGCAACCUACCGGCAGAACCUCCUUCGCCCAGAACGCGUUUUCUAACCAGGCGGACCCACAAAGUAACUACCUCCGCGAGCCCAGAACACCCCCCUUCCCCGAAGUCGAUUUGCAGCAGAAAAUUGACGACACGAACGCGGUGCUUGUCGCGGAGACGUUGCGACUUCAACUCGUCGAGGUCAGACAAGGGUACGACUUGGCGAAGAGGCAAUUCCAGGACGACAUGGAACGGCAGAAGAAAAAGUUCGAAGUCGGCCUGACCCGAAUGUCGGCACAAUUGGAAUCAACGAUCGAAUAUCCAUUGCAAAAGUAUCGUACUCGUAUAAAUGCAUUACAAAUUCCCUCGGCAUGAGGAAUAAAAUUUGUCAUGCGGAUUUACCUCAAGAAAAAAAUUUGUAAUGCAUGACUGCAAUUACUACGAGUACGAUACUUUUGCACAGGAUAUCGAAUUCCUCCAACUCGACCACGAGGAGAUGGUGCAGGAGAUGAAGCAACAAUUCGAAUUAGAGAAGAAGCAAGCAUAUCAAAUGUAAAAGUGUCUGGGUCUGGAAGGAUGCAAGGUUUGUCAUGCACAUUUUGCGUGACUCCUGAAUGUCUGCGAUGCAUGCCCUAGCAUCACAGAUAUUGUGAGGGCGUUCUGAUGCCUAUACCGCAUGAGAAAUGCUCUCUCGCCGUGGCCAAAACCAGGCCUCUUUUGCUGUUCAUGCAAUACAGAUUUGUGGAUAAUGCAGACGCAGCAUCAACACAAGUUGCAUUCUUCCAGAACCAGACAUUUUUACAUUUGAUAAAGCGAUGUCGGAAUUGUCGAACAAGUUGGAACUCAAAUCAAAGCUGGACCUGGACCAACUGAAGCAAAAUUUAGAGGACGGAAGUGCGAACACCUUCACGGAUUUGGAGGAAAAGUAUGAGAAUGAGAGGAAAGAGUUCGAAAAGCAGUUGAUCGCGAAGUUCGACAAGGAGAAGCAGUUGAUCAAAAAGCAGUUCGAGUCCGAACGGGACUUCAACUUCGCCAAGAAGGAGCAGGAACUGAUGGCAAAGCUGGAUGAGGAAUCCAGGGAGUACAAGGAGCAACUGGAUGCGAAACUGCAGAAGGAGAAGCAAGUGCUAGAAAUGUCACUCAACCGCCGGAUCAACUACGAGUACAAGCAGAAGUUUGAGCAGGCGUUUUCGGAGAUAGAAAACCUCGAAAAGGAGUUGGAAGAGAACUUGGACAAGAUCUCCAAAAAUCCAGAAAACUUCAUCGAUAUUGACGAAGUGUUGGAGAAGGAGUUUUCGAACUACGAGAAGAAGCCCGAAGAGUUUUUCGACAAACACCCCGUCGUGUUCAACUACCUGCAGACAAACAAAAACAACGUCCUUGCCGCUCUCAGCGAGAAGACCAUCAAGAUAAACUCGACGCCGUAUGGGAACAAGGCCCAAAUCCCGAUUACGAUGCGAACUUCGAAUGGGAACGAGAUGAAGACGAAGACGAAUCCGAACAAAAACAAGGACAGCUUGGUCGCGAAGUCGGUGGAGAUCAAGAAAAUCGUCACGGAGGGAAUGCACAGCAUGAUGCAAAAAUACAGCUCCAGCGAAGCGGAGGAAAGCACGAAGAGCAGCAAUGACCGCGGUGGUCGUGGUGGGGCCGCUGGUGAUGUUGCAGCUCGAGGAGGGAGGUUGUCGCAAUUCAAGGAAAACGUGAAGCGGCCGGAAUCCUUGCCUCGGAACCCGGAUCAGUAUCUGUCAAGGAACAAGACGGAAAAAGAGGGCAGUGAGGAGGAUUUUAUGGUGGAAUCGGGGAAGGAAGAAGAUGUUUUGACGGUCGACGUGGAUGCGCAAAGCACUCCCCGAGCUGCUCCGCCGAAGACAUCGUCAAACAAGAAGGAAUAUAGUCAAGCCCCUUCGAGACAGCAAUCCCCAGCAGCUGCUGUGCCUCAGCCCCCAAUCACGUCGACCCCAAUUUCCCGGCAGGAUUCCAUUCCCUCCUUCCCGAAGCUCCAGCAGCAAUUCGACGCGGGAAUCAUCACCGCAGACGAGUUUUACGACCUGGUAAAUCAGCAAGUGAACAAGAAGAGAGCGCUGUUUUCCAUCAAGAAAAUGGACAGCAAGAGCUUGAUGAGACGAAACAGAAACGCCGGGAGACGCAGGUCCAGCAGUGACAGCGGAAGAUCUCGGAGUGGGUCCGGAAGUAGCAGCUCUUCGUCCUCUGGGAGUAGCAGUGGCAGUUCGUCUGGGACUAGCAGCGGCAGCGAGUCGCUCGACGACGCAAGGAACAAAGCCCUGAAGUCGCCGACGUCGAGCAGUCCGGCCCUGGACAUGGACGAUUACUUAGAGAAAAUCGUGGCAAAACAGCUGAAAAGACCGAUUUCCAAGAACGCGGCUCUGUACGAGAUCGACGACGAGGGGAUGAAUGCAGAGAACCACCAUCACCACCACCACCAUCACCACACUAAAGGAGACAGCACUGGUGCAAGUCGCUCACUCUCCCUACCACCAAUGCUGUCGCAUGAAGGCCGAACGAUGGUGAUGGAGAACGCGAUUCAAGUGUACGAAAUUUCCCGCCAGCCAGAAAAAGCGGUGUUGCUGUUCCCACCCCCCAGACGAAACAUCGAUCGAGGUUUCGACCACGACGACGGCAGGGCGCUGUUUUCCUCCUCCAGUACUCGAAAAAUCGAGUUUGACGGACGAAAUUUGCGGAACCGGGCGAGCUCUUUGAAGAGGCAGUACGUGCGGGCCACGCAGGUUACGCCGGACACGGUGCUGCACGAAAGGCAAAUGCUGCGGGAAGAAGCGGGAUUGGAAUCCAGCAGGCAGCACGUGGUACUAGCCUUUGUUCUUCGGAAUUUUCUUGCUUCGAAUUAUUUUGUUUUUUGUGCUGUGUAAAUCUAAAUUUGUAUUUUCUCUUUGCCUGUUUUGCAAUAACCGACGUGGUAAACACGACACUUUAGACCCUCCUUAGGCAUGAAGAUGAUGAUGAUCGACUUCAAAAUUACAAACACAGAACGCCAAGUCUCCGCUCCUCGACCCGGCUGGAACGAGAUUUAGCACGCCAAAGAUCCGCGGGAUUGUGCCUUCUGAACUGCACCAGGAUCAUCAUGGACACCAUCACCACCACUCGUCCCACGGGCACCACCAUCAUCACCCUCACAUCAGCCAGACACACCAAGCUCACCUAGAAGGACUCGGGCAUGAUAGUCCUCCUCAUGCGCACGAGAACCACACACAUCGUGGUCCUCAUACUAGUGCUACUCAUCAUCAUAGCCAGCACAUGCCACACCUUCACUUGAAUCAACAAUCCGCACACCACCAUCACCAGCAUCACUACCACCCGCAUCUGCGAAUCCCGGAAUCCUUGAAGCAGACCGUCCAGCCGUCGAGCUUAGUCCACGAUUUGACCAAAGAUUUCUCAGACGUUUUGAACAGAGUUACGAAGUACAAUUCCAAAUCCACCUGGCCCCAAUCCGAAGAGCCGAGAUUUGAAGCCGCCCAGGGAACAGUGAAUAACCCGACUUUGCCAACCUACGUGAAAGUGCGCGACGCGGACAGUCCGGGGGCGUCGCACCGAAUGAUGCUCGGCCUAACCCCGAAGACGGCGGACGUGUUUCGGCCGAGGAGGUACUCGAUUGGGUCAGAACAAGCGUAGUAGAUCAAGUAGAACAAGCUACUUGUGUCUUCAUUGUGCAACUCGAGUUGUGCUAGCCUCUCACACAUCACGUAGUUUGUUUUUCAUUUUCCAUGUUGUGUUGUUCGAAAUCGAACUGCACCACACAUGAGCCGGCAAAGAUUACAAGCUAGUUUUGCCACUCACGACCUUGAAUUUUGGGUUUUUUAACGCACUACCAGCAUUGUCCCUGUCAGUCAGAUUUAGAUUCAGAUUGAGAUUCUCUAUUGAAUGCAUUACCCUUUAAAUUGUAUCCACAUUGCCCGUAGCGUGAAGAAAUUUUCUCCCCGCUGUUUGCACAGCAGUCUAGAGCUCAUUCCUGGAGCAUUUUCAAUGAACGAUCAUGGUUUGAGCCUGCCGAACGAUCUUUUCCCAUUGCUUCCUGACCCAUAGUUUUCGUAAAAU